GUGCGGCUACGCCUCGAGGCAUAAUAAGAUCAGUUCAGCUGAGGCUCUCUCUUUGAAAGAGAAUAUACAACCUGUUGUAUAUUCUUUGCAUUGUUGGAAGCCAUGGCCAAAUUUCUGCAUCUCAAAUUUCCUGCGAUUUUCCUUGUGCUCUUAGCAGCUUACAAUCAUCAAUGUCAAGCUCAAUGCCCCAGGUUAACGCCAUCUAAUCCAGACUUUGGUUUAACUAUUUCGUACGAUCCUGAUGCGCCUGUGCUGAGACAAUUCACUACAGCCACGUAUUCUGACUGCGAUGGCGAAAGCGGCUUUGGAAACUUUGGAAACUCAGGAAGUCGUACAAGAGUAUGUAAUUUCAAUCCAGUCACUCUACAACCAUUUUGGACAGGAGAGGAGCCAACGUGUAGAGUUCUGCUGUGUGAGGCCGACGUUUUGGAAGAACUAUUCCCGCCGGCCAUCUUUAACAUAGAAUACAGUACUAAUAUUGUACGGACAAACGAAGACCCCCCUGCCAGUGGAUAUAGUGGUGGUACCCGUGCUGAGUAUACCUGUAGUCUUCCAAUGUUUGGCGUAUCUGGACAGUCAUUUGAUCUUUGCCAACAAAAUUUAGAAUUUGGUGUACUAAUUAGCGUUAAUUGGGACAUCCGGAAUCGAACUUGUGAAAGACAAUGUCCUCUACUCAACGAUGGUGCGGAUUUAAACUUCAGAGGCUUGUCAGGUGGUAUUUCAUAUGAUCCUGUGUCGAGAGUUCCGGGCACCAUUGCAACAUAUCAGUGCCUUAAUAGUUUUGCUUUCAUUCCAAAUGGUACCUUGCAAAGGGAAUGCAUUGCAAAUCCUUCGAUUUCCGACACUCCAUUUUGGACCGAUCCAGAACCAAAUUGCAUACCAAUUUGUCAAGAUCACCCUCCUCUGGAAAAUGGAGUUAUCACAUAUGAUCCCGACGAGGAGUUCAGAUUUAUAGGGACUGUUGCCACCUACACAUGCAAUGAGGGCUUCACAUAUGUGAGAGUGAAUACUAGCGGCAUAUGUACAACCAGGGUAGUCCAGUUAGGAGGUGGAGAAUUUGUGGUUUUUACUGUUUUCUCUCCACCGGCUACUAUAGUUGCAUUCUGGAGGUAUGUUCACCACUGCCAUUCAUUCCAAACGGAUCUAUUACAUAUGGUCCUGAUAUGCGGACUGCUGAUUUUGAUGUGGGUGCAAUUGCUACUUACACCUGUAAUGAUGGUUACCGUCUGUCCGGAUUUGAGACUCGAGAGUGUGAAGUCGGAGGGUUAUAGAAUCGCUUUCCACCUGUGUGCAUCGUGCAAUGUCCACCACUGGCAACCCUUUCAAACGGAGUUAUUACAUAUGGUCCUGAUUUUACUCCUGAUUAUGAUGGGGGAACAUUGGCUACUCAUAGAUGUAAUGAUGGCUUCCAUCUGGUCGGACCUCGAAUUCGAACGUGCUUAGGCUCAAUGACAUGGUCUGAUGAGCCUCCUGUGUGUGAACUUAAUAAUUUUGUGAAUGAUACGGCUAUUGGAGAUCCACUGAUGACUGUACCUCUCAACAUUGAUAACAAGACAUCUUUCUUUGAAGCCAGCAUCAAUAAUAAUAUAGGCCCCAACGAUAUCAUAAAUCUAUGCUAUGAGCUUCACGGUCGCAGAGAUGCUUUCGUUAACCUUGUGAGUGAUGAAUGCAUUAGCGUGAAUGUACAUUACGAGCUAGUACAACCCAACGAACCACGAGAAGACAUAAAUAUCAUUGAUAAUAUUCACGUGCGAGCCACAGAUAAUGUAGGAGGGUGUAGGAACAUUAGAGUUGCCCUGAACGAAGGUGGUGUAUGCACUGCAAGUGUUGAUGGAGCAAAUAUUCCUGAUAUGUAUCAGGCCAAUGGGAUCAGCAUUCGAAGGUAUACUAAUCGCGUUCGUAUCAUGGUCCCAAAUUGCGAAGAUGUCAAUCUGGUGAUGUGGGUAUUCUGUCGUCAGAGUACAUUCUGGAGCACAUUCCGUACUGACAACAAUGGAGCAGAGCUGACGUUUCAAGCUGACAUGAUCAAGUUCGUGAUAGCAAGAGGUUUUAAUCUACGAGAAAGAUCACACGGAAUAAUUGGCCAGUUUUGGAACAUCCCAAUCCUCGUGGAGCCAUUCACAGGGUUCAUUCGAUCAUCCGCAUCCAUUGACAAUCUUUACCAAGUUACGAUUGAACAUCCCAAUGAGAGGCGCGAAUUCACUGCUUGGCUGUACCCUCUCACCUGGGAAUAUCGACGGGAAUAUUGCCUCUACACUGGGAACCAACAAGCUGGGCCCGUGUACGAGGUUGAGAGUCCUAACGACCCUGUGAUUGAGGGCACGUAUGCAGACUAUAUUGUGGAUACAGCCUAUGGUACUGAUUUUGCUUUUACUCACUUUAACGAGAGAAGAUGCAACUCCGUGGUUAUUGGGUGAGAGUGUUACAUUCAAGUUUGAACUAACAUAACUAACAGUUAAUGUAUAGUGUAGAUAUAAAGAUACUUUAUCCUACUAUUAUACUAAUUAACUCUAAUAAUUAGUAGCUAUUCCUUUUUGUGUGUUAAUUUGUGUGUGUGUUUUGUAA